GGGGAUGCAGACCUUCCUCCACCGGAGGGUGUUGGAGUUCUUUCUGCCUUGGGAAGUGCUAGGGUGAUGUGGCCUAGCGAGGGCUGGGCAGCUGCUGUCCAGGUAUGGACACAGCAUGGGAGAGUAGCCAAGCCUGACCUGUCUCAACCGUAGCCGCCCAAGUUUUACUAUUUACUAUAUUGGACUUCUACGUAAGAUUUGAUUUUUAGAAAGUGAUUCUGUGACUUAAAAGAAAAAAGUUUGAAAACCUCUGGUCUAGCAGUUUUUACUACCAAGGAAACUUGAGGCCCAGAGAGAGGAAGUUACUUGUUUAAGAUCACUCAGCAAAUGAGUAGUUGAGUGGGGACUGGAAUUCAGAAUUUCAGCAGAGCCUUCAAUGCCGGUUACGGGACCUGACUUGGUGUCUCUUUGCUGGAGAGAGUUGAUCAGUUUUCCCAGGCAGCCCUGUCCACGUCAGACCCCCAGUGCCUGGGAAACAGCAGCCAGAUGGGGGUAGGUUCAGUUUGGGUGCCUCAGAGGGGCUGUGUCCUGUGUCGGGAGAUUCCUGGGGCUGGAGAAGCGGGCUUUGAUAAAAGCCAGGAAGACCACCCACAGCUCUCCCUGUGGCCACAGCCUGGAGCUGAGUCCCAUGUGAGAGGGCAUCACAGGAGGCUAGAGAUACAGCAAGCCUCUGGGUUUGAGCUAAACUAGGACUCAGAGGGUGAGUCAGAGUCUGGGAUGGGGGUGGGGAGAAUCCCAUUCAUUCAUUGUUCUCAGUGCCUGCUCUUUUGGGAGGUGGUCCUCCUUCCCUCCAGGAUGCUGAGGCAGAACUAUCUGGGGGCUUCAGGCUCUGUGGAAGCCAUAUCCACUGCUCACCAUGGCUGGUGAUGCUGGGCAGAGGAAGGCUGGUCCUUUCUUGGGGGAUUGUUUGGUUGGGCCUGAAGCCUGCUUUCUUUUUGUGUGCUGCGAGGUGAUAGUUGAUUGUCUUUAAUGCCAAGCAGCUGCAGCUCCAUCCACAAUGUGCCGGAACCUGGGCUAGAAUCAGAUGAACCCAGUCUUGAUUUGGGAGCUACGUGGCUCACAGCUCUGUCAUCAGGAGGUGGCCUGCUUGGCAUCUGGACCAGGCAGCUAUUGUGGGAAGAAGAGUAGAAGAGGCUUUGUUGCUAUCAGGUUCUGCCUGAUAGGGCCCCACAUCCUCAGUUAAAUGAGAGUCUUGGGGUCUCUUCAUACCCUCGGGCCAGAUAUCUGGCUGCCCAGCCAUUGCUCAGACCAGCUUUCUGGAACUUGGUCGCCCAAAGCAUCAUGGGGCUGUAGCUUCUGGCCUGUCCGGGAACCCUGUGGACUCUGCCCAUCAGGGUGAGGAGGAGCUGCAUUGUGGAUGCCUCCUGCCAUCAGCUGUCAGGUUAUUUUGGUGUAAACUGAAAAUACUCCAAGAACUGUGUGUUGAGUCUCUCCAGUCUGCAGGGUGGGACCACAGCAGGAACAGGCAGGGAGGCUGGUUGUGGCUGAGGGCAGCCCCUAGGGUUCCCAGUGGUGAGCUGCCUGCCCAUCUCCCCAGGGCCUGGGUGAGCCAGGGAGCUUUGUUUUGCCAUCCAGCAGAGUGGCCUCCUUUGGGACCGGACCCUAGGAGUGGUGGGUGCAUCCCAGGCCCUGUGGGCAGUGCUCUGCUCAACAAGCUUGGCACUGAGGUGGGAUACCUCUUGUAGCCCCACUAGGACCUUCCCCAGCUCCUCCCCACCCCAUGGGGCUUGGCUUCUGGCUAGCCAGGGGCCCUAUGUGGGGACAGUUAUGUGGCCCCAGGCAGAGAGGUCCAGCUGUCUGUUUGCUGAAGGAGGAAAAACAACAUGGGGACUAUUGAUUCAGCCUCACCUUGGUGCUCCUGGCUCAGCAGCCAGUGUUUGCCCUGGCUGCCCGGGCUCAGAUUACGCAAGGCUGGUGGGCGUGGAGCAACCGAGGGGCUGCCGCAGGCCUGCAGGCCAGGGCUGGGUGGCCCCAGCGUUUCCCAGGAAACAGCGUAAAAAGGACCCUGACUUUGCUGAUGGUCGCCUGUUUGGGCCAUAGAGGGAAGGUGAAGCCACUGCGAUCCCCCAUGCUCAGGCCCCAAAGCCCCCAUCCCACCUUAGAUUGCCCACUCUUUCUUACCAGGGACUGUGGGUCUUUGCAGAUAACUCCCUACUGGGUCUGCUUUGCUGAACCAGGAAACUCUAGUGAGCUGUGUAGGUGCUACUCAUUAAAAAACGAAAAAGCCAACAUUGUAAUCCUUUAUAAUAUUUUAUAGACCUGGGUAAUUAGGAAAAUAUACAAUGGCAUAAAGAAGAAAACAAUUACUCAUAAUUCUCACCAUCUUGAGAGAACCAUUGUUAACAUGUUAGCAUGUGUCCCUCCAGAUUUUGCUCUGUGGUUAUAUAUAAGCAUACACAUAUAAAUAGUUUUUCAAAAACCAAGAGGGAUCGUGUGUAUCUAUUGCUUUAUAACCCAUCUUUUUGACUUUGAUUCUGGCAAGCAUCUAUUCAGUUCUUGCUUCUGGUUUUGAGUGACUCAAACCUUGUUACUUUUCAUCUUGCUCCUGGAUUCUUGUGUGUGGAGGGUCCAUCUGUCCACCUACCUGACUGCCCUCGAGGGGCCGGAUUUUCACCCCUCUCCCCCAGUGCCCCUUUCAGUCCUGGAUUGGGCCUUGGAGGGGAAGGCAUCUUUAGUGCGUGGCUGGGAAGAGACUGACUCUCCCCCUUUUCCUUGCUUGUUCCUCUCAGAGCCGGCAGCCCUCGUCCUCCCCGCACAGCCCUGCCUGUCCCAGCCCCAUGCCCCCGCCAGCCAGCCCCGGGCCACAGGCAGUGAGCAGGUACGCGACAGCCGAGGCCCUGUGACCAGGCCAAGGAGACGGGGGCUCCGGGGUCCCGGCCACCUGUCCCCCCCCAUGGAGCUGAGGCCCUGGUUGCUAUGGGUGGUAGCAGCAGGAGCCUUGGUCCUGCUGGUGGCCGAUGCCCGUGGCCAGAAGGUCUUCACUAAUACCUGGGCCGUGCGCAUUCCUGGAGGCCCAGCCGUGGCUGACAGUGUGGCACGCAAGCAUGGCUUCCUCAAUCUGGGCCAGGGGCAUCUGGGUAGGAAGCGUGUUCUGGCCAGGGAUGAGAGCCGUGUUUUGUCCUGCCCUUGGGCUUCUAGCUCAGUGGACCAGCAUAUCCCAGGGAGGAUCUUCGGCGACUAUUACCACUUCUGGCAUCGAGCAGUGACAAAGCGGUCCCUAUCACCUCACCACCCGCGGCACAGCCGGCUGCAGCGGGAGCCUCGAGUAGAGUGGCUGGAGCAGCAGGUGGCAAAGCGACGGACCAAACGGGACAUAUACCAGGAGCCCACGGACCCCAAGUUUCCCCAGCAGUGGUACCUGUCUGGCAUCACCCAGCGGGACCUGAACGUGAAGGACGCCUGGGCCCAGGGCUACACGGGGCGUGGCAUUGUGGUCUCCAUUCUGGAUGAUGGCAUUGAGAAGAACCACCCGGACUUGGCAGGCAAUUAUGAUCCUGGGGCCAGCUUCGAUGUCAACGACCAGGACCCUGACCCCCAGCCCCGGUACACACAGAUGAAUGACAACAGGCAUGGCACGCGGUGUGCGGGUGAGGUGGCCGCAGUGGCCAACAACGGUGUCUGUGGCGUUGGCGUGGCCUACAAUGCCCGCAUUGGAGGGGUGCGCAUGCUGGAUGGUGAAGUGACAGAUGCAGUGGAGGCACGCUCACUGGGACUGAACCCCAACCACAUCCACAUCUACAGUGCCAGCUGGGGCCCCGAGGAUGAUGGCAAGACCGUGGAUGGGCCAGCCCGUCUUGCUGAAGAGGCCUUCUUCCGGGGGGUCAGCCAGGGCCGUGGGGGGCUGGGAUCCAUCUUUGUCUGGGCCUCAGGAAAUGGGGGUCGGGAGCACGACAGCUGCAACUGCGACGGCUACACCAACAGCAUCUACACGCUGUCCAUCAGCAGCGCCACGCAGUUCGGCAACGUGCCCUGGUACAGUGAGGCCUGCUCGUCCACACUGGCCACGACCUAUAGCAGUGGCAACCAGAACGAGAAGCAGAUUGUGACCACUGAUCUGCGGCAGAAGUGUACAGAGUCUCACACAGGCACCUCAGCCUCAGCCCCCUUGGCAGCCGGCAUCAUCGCUCUCACUCUGGAGGCCAAUAAGAACCUCACCUGGCGGGACAUGCAGCACCUGGUGGUACAGACCUCAAAGCCAGCCCAUCUCAAUGCUAACGACUGGGCCACCAAUGGUGUAGGCCGCAAAGUGAGCCAUUCGUAUGGCUACGGGUUGUUGGAUGCAGGUGCCAUGGUGGCCCUGGCCCAGAACUGGACGACAGUGGCCCCCCAGCGGAAGUGCAUCAUCGACAUCCUCACUGAGCCCAAGGACAUUGGGAAGAGACUGGAGGUGCGGAAGACCGUGACCGCCUGCCUGGGGGAGCCCAGCCAUAUCACACAGCUGGAGCACGCUCAGGCGCGGCUCACCCUGUCCUACAAUCGCCGCGGUGACCUGGCCAUCCACCUGGUCAGCCCCAUGGGCACCCGCUCCACCCUGCUGGCCGCCAGGCCACAUGACUACUCUGCAGAUGGGUUUAAUGACUGGGCUUUCAUGACAACCCAUUCCUGGGAUGAGGACCCCUCUGGCGAGUGGGUCCUAGAGAUUGAAAACACCAGCGAAGCCAACAACUACGGGACGCUGACCAAAUUCACCCUCGUGCUGUACGGCACGGCCUCUGAGGGGCUGCCCACACCUCCCGAGAGCAUCGGCUGCAAGACCCUCACGUCCGGCCAGGCCUGUGUGGUGUGCGAGGAAGGCUUCUCCCUGCACCAGAAGAGCUGUGUCCAGCACUGCCCUCCAGGCUUCGCUCCCCAAGUCCUCGACACACAUUAUAGCACUGAGAACGACGUGGAGACCAUCCGGGCCAGCGUCUGUGCUCCCUGCCACGCCUCGUGUGCCACAUGCCAGGGGCCAGCUCCCACAGACUGCCUCAGCUGCCCCAGCCACGCCUCCCUGGACCCUGUGGAGCAGACGUGCUCCCGGCAAAGCCAGAGCAGCCGCGAGUCACCACAGCAGCAGCCACCCCGGCCACCACCCCUGGAGGUGGAAACAGAGCCGCGGCUGCGGGCGGGGCUGCUGCCCUCGCACCUGCCGGAGCUGGUGGCCGGCCUCAGCUGCGCCUUCAUCGUGCUGGUCUUCGUCACUGUCUUCCUGGUCCUGCAGCUGCGCUCGGGCUUCAGCUUCCGAGGGGUGAAAGUGUACACCAUGGACCGUGGCCUCAUCUCCUACAAGGGGCUGCCGCCCGAAGCCUGGCAGGAGGAGUGCCCAUCCGACUCAGAAGAGGACGAGGGCCGGGGCGAGAGGACCGCCUUUAUCAAAGACCAGAGCGCCCUUUGACGAGCGCCUACUGCCCGCCCCUUCGAGCCCAUCCCCUCCUUGGGCACUUUUUAAUUCACCAAAGUAUUUUUUUAUCUUGGGACUGGGUUUGGACCCCAGCUGGGAGGCAAGAGGGGCAGAGGUGGCUUCCCAUCUUGGGCCACCUGACUGCCUGGGGUGGGACCGAAGGACCAGCUACGGGGGCAGGGGAGGACCUCUCCCCACUGUUAGCACCCCUCCAUGCGGAGAAAGGAGUGAAACCUUUAGGGCAGCUUUCCAAGGUCCAGGCCCCAGCCAGAGGUCCCUGCAGAGUGAAGAGGGGCAGCCCUUCCCUCACAAGAUUCCUGACCUGGGCUGCAGCUCUUGCCCCUUCCGUGUCCCUCUAAAGCAAUAAUGGUCCCCAUCCAGGCAGCAGGGAGGCUGGCCUAGUGGGUAUUUGAAGCAGGAGGCCACCUCUCCAAGGGCUUUUGCAUCCCUGACCCUGUCCCCAACCUCUCUGGUGAGCCUUGGGCGGAAGCAGUGAGUGUAGGAAGGGACCAAGGCAAGGCAGGUACUUCCAGGGUGCGCACGUGUGCACAUGUGUGUCCCUUUGCCCAUCUCCACUACAGCUGGCUGCCUGCUGAGUGAGGCUGGCCCGGCCCCAUGCUGGUGUCCUGACCACCCUCCCCUCUCUGGCACCCUCCCCUCCCGCUAGGGCCCAAGUCCCUGUUUUCUGAGCCCGGGGCUACCUGGGCUGUUGGCACUCACAGUCCCGGAGCCCCUGGGUGGGUGGUGGGGAGGGACGGUGGCCCAGCCGGCCUCUCCCGCCUCCCACCCGAUGCUGCUUUCCCCUGUGGGGAUCUCAGGGGCUGUUUGAGGAUAUAUUUUCACUUUGUGAUUAUUUCACUUUAGAUGCUGGUGGGUUUUUUGUUUUUUGGGUUUUGUGUUUUUUUUUUUUUUUUUGUAUUUUUAAUGGGGGUAGCAGCUGGACCAUCACCUUCCCACACCCACUGUCCGCCCUGCUGUUCCCCCGCUGUCCUGGCCCUGUGGUGUGGGGGGCUGCAACGUGUUGCUGAGUGAGGAGUAGGUAAGCCCCACAUCCUGAGGCAGGCCAGGCCAGGCGGGCCCCAGGAAAGGAAGAUCAUGGUGGGAGGGGCAGGCUGUCAUCCGUUUCAGAUGGGGCUCGUUGUGCCAAGGGCUCAUGGGUCACUGGUUCUCCAAAUGCCAGGGGUGGGCAGGCGGUGGUGUCGAGCCCCCUCUAACACUGUGCCCUGGUGGAGAAAGCACUGACCCAUCCUGCCCCCCAAGUCCCUCUCUUCUGACGUGCCUUUCACACCCCUCCCAUUAGGACAAUCAGUCCCUUCCCAUUUGGGAGCCCCCUUUUCUUUCUCUCCCCCAGCCCCUCUUGGCACCCAGCCACCUGCCCAGGGGUGCCCCCUCCUCUCCUAUCCCCCCUACCCUUGUGGCCAGCCCAGCUGGUUUUGUAGGAUACUGGGUUGGUGCACAGUGAUUUUUUUUUCCCUUGUAAUUUAAACAGGCCCAGCAUUGUUGGUUCUAUUUAAUGGACACGAGAUAAUGUUAGAGGUUUUAAAGUGAUUAAACGUGCAGACUAUGCAAACCAGG